AUGGGGAAUGAUGAUGAUAGGAGUGCUGAUGUCAAAGAUAGUAGGGGAAUAGCUGCUACAUUUCCAAAUUCUCUUUUGUACUUAACAUGGCUUACUUUAAAUUCUAGGGGAAAACCAAAUCUACUAGACAUGGGAUCUCUGAUGAUCAAACCAAUACAACGUGUAAUGAAGUAUCCUUUGUUAUUAUGUGAGCUCUUGAAUGCAACUCCCAGGUCUCACCCUGACCACAAAGCACUUCAGGAUGCCUUGGUUGCUAUGAAAGAUAUGAACAUGAAUAUAAAUGAACUUAAAAGGAGAAAAGAUAUAGUGCUUAAGUAUAAGAAGAAUGAUGAAGACGAAUCUUUAAAGGAUAAAUUUUCAAAGUUAAACAUUCACUCAAUUAGUAAAAAGUCCAAGAGAGUGACUGGUCACCUGAAGAUUUUGACUGGAGGAGAACCUCAGGUGAAAGAUGAAGUUUUUAAUAAAGAGGAGAAGUUAUUCAAAAGCUUAGAAAAGACGGUCAAACUAUGUGUGAAGAAUAUUCCAUUGUCUCUUCAGCAUUUAGAAGAUUCUGUAUUUCUCGGAGCACAGUGCAUAAGUGAUCUUCAGGAUCUGAUACAUGAGAACGAAAAAGGGGCAAACAUAUCUUCAGAUACAUUGAUUAAUGCUGGGCAUCCCAGCAAACUAUUUCUGAAUCAAGUAGAUAGGUUGGUGCUGAUUCCAUUGACUGCACUGCAGGCUCUUUUCUUCGGCCCCCAGAAGCUCAUCCAAAAACGUUAUGACAAACUUCUGGAUUAUAGUAGCUUGUAUCAAAAGGCUUCAGGGGAUGAUACUGACCUGGCCAGGAAAGAAUAUGAGGCCCUCAAUGCUCAGCUGGUGGAGGAGCUACAGCGGUUCAAUGAAGCAGCAAAGAAAAUUGUGACCAGUUGCCUGUGUUGUCUCAUCGCUCUCCUGAAAGACAUGAUGUCAUCAGCAUCACAAUCCUUUUCAACCAACGAAUCCCAGUUACUAGCAAUUAAACCAGAGAAAUCUUCUCCAAGUAUCAAUGAAAUACAGGAUCAGGUUCUUGAAGAUGUUCACAAUUUGAGUUGUAUCAAGGAAAAUCACUGUGUAACUUUUAUUGAAAGAAAGCUGAGUUUUGAAAAAAAGAGGCCUGUCUCUCUCCAGAAUGAAUGUAUUAAAAUGAGAGAAGCAUUUGUGGAAGACAAGUCUUAUAGCUUCAAAAAUAUGAACAAGCACAAAGUUCUUAAAGGAUACGUUUAUUCUUCCUUCCUGAAACCCUAUAAACCAGCCAAGGCACCAAAAAAUGCUGGGGAAACCAAUUUCUGUGAUGGUGACUUUGAUAACAUCAGCCUUUUUAUCUCUUCACGACAACCGGAUGACAACAGUUCAAAACCCAGAGGACACAAAAGAAAUGGCAGUGACUCUUCCUAUAAUAGUCUGUGUGAAAAAGAAUCUGUUAAUGGCUCUGAACUGGAGAGCUUUUAUGAAACGGAUGAGCAACACACUUUCUAUGCUGUUCAUGCAUUUCAAGCAAGGAGUAAGCAGGAACUCAGUCUUCACGAAUAUCAGCGAGUUCAAAUCCUUCGUUUUUCAGACCUGAGUGGCAAUAAAGAAUGGUGGUUAGCUGAAGUUGAAGGACAAAAAGGAUACGUGCCAGCUAAUUAUCUUGGGAAGAUGACAUACACGUAAAUAUCAGAUUG